GCCCGCAGCGAAUCCGCCGCGCCGUUGUUGCCGGGCGGGUUGCGGGGGUGAAGCGUCUGGGGCGGUGCCCGGGAGGCAGCGGGGUCGGGUCGUUUUGUCCCAUCCCGUCCUGUCCCAUCCCGAUGUCGUUCCUGUUCAGGAGAGGCCGCCCCGGCCCCUUCAAACAUAUAGCUCAUGGCCUGGUCCCUGCUGCCACCAUAGCUCCUAAACCUGCAGUUCCCCGCACCCCUCCCCCUCGUAGUCCAAACCCUUCUCCAGAAAGGCCCAGGUCUGCUCUGGCAGCAGCAAUCCUUGCCACAGCACUCACAGGGCGCACUGUUGCUAUUCCUCAGCCUCGGCAGAGAUCCCUUUCUGAGAGUGAUUCCACCUCUUUGGAACAGGAAGGGUUUGAACCAUAUGCAACAGUGACCCAGCUCAGAAUAGGGUCCACCUGGAAACUUGAUGGUUGUGACAAAUCUCCUGUGCAGUCCCUGGAAACAUCAGGCCACUAUGGUGAAGAUGAGGACAUGGAUACCUAUGUCUCAGAUGCUGAUAAAGAGGCAGAGUCCAGCUGUCAGAGUCAUGAGAAGAGGGAAGAAAGCUGUAGCACAAAUGCUGUUUAUGCUGUUCCCUGCAAAAAUAAAAAGGAAGAGUUUCUACCAUCUCCCACCUCUAACACUGACAAGAAAGAGGUUCCUUCCCAUGAAGCUGAGUCUCAGGUGGUGGUGGAUAAAUCAACUUUGCAAAUAGAAGAAGACCAACAUCUUGGCUUGAACUUAAAGGAGGAAAAACCAUUAGCUGAAAAUCUGAUAUGUGAAAAACCUCCACCAUCCCCAGAUGUGUCUGUUCGGACAAGGCAAGCAUGGGAAAAUAUGACUAAAGAAAAGUUCAGAGAACUAAAACAAGACAACUGGUCUCUAAGCAAGGCAUACCAGGCUGUGGUGCAGCAGCUGGAGGGAACAAAACAGCAAAUGGAAGAACAGCAGUUAAAGCUGAAGAAACUAGAACAGGAAAACAGAAGGCUUAAAGAAGCUGCAGAGGACUCACAUAGAGAAGAGGAGGCAACAGAAUUACUUUCUCUCAGACAACAAGCACAAGAACUGGUAGAUGAAAAUGAUGCUUUGAAAAUGGUGGUCCAUCGUUUAAAUGUAGAAUUAAGUCGCUAUCAAACUAAAUUCAGGUCAUUGUCCCAAGAAGAGCACGUAAAGCUGAAAAGCUUACCCGUGAAAGGACCACCACCACCAUGGCUGUUGGAUAUGAAGUAUUUGUCACCUCUUCUGCUGGCUUAUGAAGACAGAAUAAGAGAAAAGGAAGAUUUUAUUCUUGAACAUGAGGAGGAUAUGAAGAAUUUUAAAGCACGGGUUGAAGAGUUGGUGAAGGAGAAUGAAGACCUGCAUGAGCGAUUAAAUAAAAAUAACUUCAUUACCUCUACAGAAUGGCAGCAGCUACAAACUCAGGCCAAGCUGGUCUUGGAAGAAAAUGGACUGUUGAUGGAGCAGCUCAAAAUCCAACAAGCUAAAGCAAAAGACAGUCACAGGCAGCAUGUGCAAGAAGCUUCAAAGUUGACCAAACAGAUAGUAAUCUUAGAAGGCAAGAAACAAAGCCAAGAAGAAGAGAUAGCAGAGUACCAGAAGCAAUUAGAAGCUUUGUGUUCUACUUGUGAAGAGCUGAAAGCCAGAGUGAAGAGCAGAAUAGCAGCAGAGGAGCACUUGGCUUUGGUGAAUGAUUUAAACAGGCGGUUGCAGGAGGAGCAGGAGAAGAAGCGCUGUGAGGUGGAAGAUGUGAUGGGAAGGGUCACAUCACUGAGAGCUGAGAACCAGAAACUGCUCCUGGAGAAAAACAGCUGCCUGGCUGACAACAAGGCCCUGCAAACUGAAAUGGAAGUGACACAGAAGACAAACAGGCGACUAAAGAAGAAAAUAGGUGUUUUACAACUGCAGCUGCAGGAAGUGAUGGAAAAAGAAGUUGUAGCCCAUUAUUACCUAACAAACCUUACUGGUCUGGUGGAGAAGAUGGCUCAGGAACGUGAUCACCUUGUAUCUUUGGCCAGAUGUUUGGAAAAUGAGAAGCAGGGUGUUCUCAAUAAAAUGAUAGAAGGCAGUCUACGCUUAGGGAGACUGGAAGAGAAAGUUAAGGUGUAUAAAAAGAAAGCAGCUGGGAAGCUUGGAGAUAUCAAUCUCAAGAUGACUGAGCGGGAGAAGGAAUUUGCUGGGAAGACUGCUUGGUAUGAGCAGGAAAUGAAGCACCUCCAGCGUCUGCUGCAAGACAAGCAGGAAACCCUGGAUGAAGUGCUGGAGCAGAAGAGGAAAACAGAAGGGGAACUUGAAAUCAUUUGGGAAGCCACAACCAAAGAAAACAGGAGAAUGAGAGAACUCUUACAUAAAUCCCUGAGGAAGAACACCACGUGGAAUGCUGGCACAGCUCAUGAGCCACACUUUGAUGAAAGCUCUCAGAGGGACCUAGUUUACAGAGAUGAUUUUAGCUAUUGUGAUGUGAAGACUUCAUCCCCUACUAAAAAUGAAUUUCAAGAAGAGUCUCAGUGAUAAGAAUCUGCAUCUCAUCCGAAAAAGAGAACUCAGUGCCUGAAUUUGACUUUCUCAGCGACACAAGAUAUGAUGGAACAUUUCCCCCCUUCAAAAUGACUGGAUUUUUAAGGUCAUACCAAUGACAACAGCAUAUUCUCCAGCUGUGCCAUCAAUAGGGUAAAUCUAGCCUGAAAUAUUAUUUUAAUACUUGAAGAAAAGGCUCUUCCUUGUUAAGACAAAAUGUGAUACAGCUUUAAGUUAACAUGAAAAGACAAGUAACCAGUUAACAGGAUAAAAUUUGACUGUGGAGCAGCCAGGACUGAAGCAUCCUCCUGAUAACUGGUGGUGCCUGAAUGUACAACUGUCCACUCCACAGGUUUACAGGAGCCCAGGUGCUGGGAAGCUCCUGCUGGACUUUUGCCAAGGGGAUGAGUUGCCAGCACAGGGUGCAGUUCUCUAGAUUGUCUUGUUCAUUCUGCUUCAAAAGCCACCUUUUUUCCAGAGCAUUCUCUGCAGCAGUGACAGCCUUUAGAUUAUUGAUGCCUAUUUGUCUGAGCUUUCAUAAUUGCUGAUUUUUCACAGCUUUGCACAUCAGCUUUUAUAGUGCUAUCUGUUAGUAUGAAAUAACUUUAUUUUGGAUUUACUUAUAACUUGCUGGAUCAGCUUUUUGCUUUUGCUUCAUUUUCAUGACAAAACCUUAAUGGUUCCAGGAAACUGUAGCAGUACAAAAAACCUAUAACUCUCAUAGUUGUGUAAUAUUAAAAAUAAUGAAGAAUUUCAUUGGCUUUGACCAAAGUUAAGGAAAAGAGCAGAAAACCAAGUUAAAUACCAAAAGGAACAUAUACUGUUUGUGUCCAGAAAGGUUCCUGUGGUAUUUUCCUUCAGGAUAAAGCCAUGACUCAGCAGAACAGCAUUAUUUAGGUCAGGGUGGAGAGAGCACCUUCUCUCAUAUCUAUCUCUCAUAUCUAUCAUAUCUCUCAUAUCUAUCAUAUCUCUCAUAUCUAU